AUGUGGAGUGUGGGCGCUUUCCUCCUGCUUGCCCUGUGUACCCAGCGGCUGGGAGCGCAGUUCCCCAGGGUUUGUACUACAGUGUCGGCUCUGGUGAACAAGAGGUGCUGCCCUCCUCUGGGCUCCCAGGUAGACAACACGUGCGGCUCUGCCCAGGGCAGGGGACAGUGUGUAGCUGUGCAGGUGGAUGAGCGCCCCUGGAGCGGACCGUACACUCUGCGCAAUGUGGAUGACCGGGAGCGCUGGCCACUCAAGUUCUACAACGCCACCUGCCUGUGCAAUGGAAACUUUGCAGGUUAUAAUUGUGGAGACUGUAAAUUUGGAUGGAUGGGGCCUAACUGUGACCAAAGGAAGCCACCAGUUGUACGGAAAAAUAUACAUUCUUUAACGGCACAGGAGAGAACUCAGUUCCUGGAUGCACUGGAUCGUGCGAAGAAUACCAUUCAUCCUGAUUAUGUAAUUGCCACUCAACACUGGCUUGGUCUACUUGGGCCCAAUGGAACUGAACCACAAGUAUCAAACACCAGCAUCUAUGACUUCUUUGUCUGGCUUCACUACUAUUCUGUCAGAGACACAUUGUUGGGGCCAGGCCGUCCAUUCAAAGCUAUUGAUUUCUCACACAAGGGUCCUGCAUUUGUUACUUGGCAUCGAUAUCACUUGUUGUGGCUGGAGAGAGAUUUACAGAAAAUGCUUGGAAAUGACUCAUUUGCUUUACCAUACUGGAAUUUUGCAACUGGAAGAAAUGAGUGUGAUGUCUGCACAGAUGAACUGUUUGGUGCACCCAGACCAGAUGACCCCACUUUAAUAAGUCUUGGUUCCAGGUUUUCACGCUGGGAGAUAGUGUGUAAUAGUCUGGAUGAGUACAAUCGUCUUGUUACACUGUGCAAUGGAACUAGUGAAGGUUUUAUUCGCCGAACCCCAAUAGACAGAUUUGGUGGGCGACUGCCAAACACAGAGGAUGUACAGAAAUGCCUUUCCCUCACAGAGUUUGAUAAUCCUCCUUACUAUUCAAACUCUACUUUUAGCUUCAGGAAUGCACUUGAAGGCUUUGAGGAACCGGAUGGAACAUUGGAUCUUCCUAUAAUGAAUCUCCAUAACUUAGUUCAUGAUUUCUUAAAUGGAACCAGUGCCCUGUCCCAUUCUGCAGCCAAUGACCCCAUUUUUGUGGUUUUGCAUUCUUUUACUGAUGCAAUUUUUGAUGAAUGGAUGAAGCGUUUCCAGCCUUCUGAUGCAGUGUGGCCCCAGGAACUGGCACCAAUAGGACACAACCGUUUGUACAACAUAGUGCCUUUCUUUCCUCCAGUAACUAAUGAUGCGCUGUUCCUUCCUGCAGAAGAGUUGGGCUACACAUAUGCUAUUGAGCUACCAGCUUCUGAUGCAGACAUUCGGGCAGCAGGAGUCCUUGUGGCAUCAACUGUUGGAGGAGUACUUAUUGCCUUACUUGUAGUUCUACUUCUCCUUGUUCUCUUCAUGCAUAGAAAACAGCGACAUGGCUUUGAACCAUUACUGAAUGCAAAAUACCAAAGCACAAAAUACACAGACGAUGCCUAA